UGACGUGACGUAAGACCCGUUACCCUUCCCACGCUCCAGCUGCUGAUUGGCUUUACGUAGGUUUCUGGCUGAUAUUUAAUACAGCAAAGCGCUGAUGUCUCAUUUAUCAAGACUGGAUCUUAGCGCAUAUCCGCUCCACUCCGCACCAGGGCGCACGCAGCUGACGCAGUCAACAAAUCUGUCAGAGGAAAAAAAAAAACAGUUGCUGCUCAGAAAAUGAAACGAGGCUUGCUGCUGGUGACUUUGUUCCUCAUCAUGAAACUUCACUUCAGUCAAUCCAGACGCGAAGAAACCGGAUCGCGCGCAGCCUCCUCAGACCAGACUGUAAGACUGGAAGACCUGCAGCGGAACAUACUGAGGAGACAGUCAGAGCCGGAUCCGGACAGCUUUUACGGGAUGCUGGGCAAAAGAAACUCUGACCUGAAGCAGAGCAUCCUAAGGAGAGUGGCAGAGCCGGAUCCUGACAGCUUUUACGGGAUGCUGGGCAAAAGAGAUGCUGACCUGAAGCAGAGCAUCCUAAGGAGACUGGCAGAGCCGGAUCCUGACAGCUUUUACGGGAUGCUGGGCAAAAGAGAUGCUGAUGAAGAUUCGAAAACAGCAGAAAAAAGGGAAACGGAUGAGCUGUUUUUUGGUCUUAUGGGAAAAAGAAGCUCAGACUCUGAUAAUAGUCCCUGGAGAAGAGAGUAUCCAGAACGGAGAGGAAUUUUUCUCAACAAGUUCAGACUGAGGUCACUUCAGGGGCUGUAGGCACAUUUUUCAGUUUGGCUUCGAUUGAAAAUCGCAGAGGAGCACAAACGGCCAACGAGUCUGACGGAAAAGCAGCCAAGCAGCUGGUUGAUGAAAGUAACCAUAAGCCAAGCAGAUUGUAACUGUUUUACCUGAAAGACAAAGAAUAAUUACAAGCAGUGGCGGCUCCAGAGAUUUUUUUUUUCUGCAGGCGCUUACGGGGGCUAAGCUUUUUUUAACAAAGGGUGCUGCAAAGGAUCAUUUUGUUCUUAAAAUUCCCACACACAGAAGCAAACACAAACAGAGGCACACUCAAAUCUCAGACAUCUUAAACAGUGACCAAUAAAGUGGAUAGUGAAUAUGUAAUAAUCUACUAUUUAAAGAUGCAGUAUGUAACUUUUACAAAAAAAAUUAUAUAUAUAUUUGUUGAAAUUCUCAAUAUGUCAUGACAGUAUGGUAUGAGAUAGAUAAUCUGUGAAAAAAAUCAAGCUCCUCUGCCUUUUCCCAGUGCUCCCAGUGCUAUUCAGAGACAAUCAAUAAAAGCCAGGAGGAGGGUCUUAAUGCUGUCAAUCACCAUCUCCCAUGGAGCUGCUCAUCUCAUGGAAAUGCAUCGAUGAGUGAACUCCUUCUUGUUGUUACUGCAACUGCUUCCAGAUAUCAGAGCCUGUUGUAAAUGUUUAUGCUAGCUAGCAUAGCCACUAAUGAUAGCAGACACACAAUUUGCUUGUAGCGGUAAGUUGUUUCUUCACCAUUCAGAACAUUGAGAAGCAAGUACAUAAAGUCAACAGAGCUGAGACCCUCCUUGUUGCUCUCAUUGGCUGUUUUUGGUCAGGAGCUACAGACAGCAAUAGUAGCUCAGGGAGAAGGUGGAAGGGAUUGUUCUUUUCAGAUCAUGUCAUUUUAAACUGUCACAACAUGCUGAUAGUUUUAACAAAUAUGCAAAAUACACAUUUUUUAUUAAGCUUACAUGCUGCAGCUUUAAUUAAACCAUGCAUGACAAUACUGCUGAGAACAUGCCAUGGUAUCUUAACAGUCUAGAUCAAUAAGUAUUGAUUUUUUUUGUUUUUUUUUUAUUUUAAAUAUCUAAAAUACUGCCAAACUGUUAAUGUGACCUUCCCUGUUUUCUCCACAGUUUCCUCUUGAGCUGUUGAUCCCAUCUUUGGAAACUUGGGCAGUAGAAAACAAUCCAUUUUUGAAUCUCUUGCUCCUUUCAGUUGUUUACUGGGAGUGAACAUAGCCGUACAAGUUCAUUUUCUGUUGCAAGACGGGAUUUAUUUAAUUUUUUUACUCAAUAUAAUUAUUGGUAGUUGUGUUUUAUGAGGAAAAUAUCACAACUAUACUAAAGAAUAGUGACAUAGAUGAAGAAGAAAAAAUGCAAUCUGAUAUUUCCUUGGGGGUGCUAUGACUUCUCCAGGGGGAGCUAUAGCACCCCUAUGGGCCCCCCUGGCGCCGCCACUGAUCACAAGUCAUAUUUUCAGUUUUUAUUGUUCUCUCUUUUAUUGUUCAAAGUUGAAAAUAAACAUAAAUUUCACAUGUUUUCUAGAGGGCUGUCAACAUUAACCUGAUAACACAUGCGAUUGAUCUAAAACAAAAACUGUUACAAUAAUAAUCUCAAAAACACAGAUUAAUGAUGCUGACCUAAAAGCGUCUCUCUCACAGAGAGGGUUACCUUGUUCACAGCAGCGCGGAGCAAAGGUCGAUGUUUUCUGCAAUACCAAACAGCAGCAAAGGUUGAACUUUGUUCAACUUUCUUGUGUCGCAUUGCUUCACCACUCACGUGUGCACACCUCGAAAUUUCACAUGCACAUUUCUAAAUUACCGCUUACAACAAAAUGACUUAAACCUCCCUGAAUACCAAAACCUGGAAAACUGAGACUCUUCAGGCGUGUUUGGUUUGAUAUAAUGAGACAUUGACUUUCUUUUAAUACACACAUACAGUGGCGCUUUUUGAUAUGGAAGCCAAGAAACUAGAAAAUAAAAUAUAUGCUAUCUCCCAGUUGUCCCCUAAAUAUAUUUGCUGCAACUUGUUUGCAUGUGUAGUGAGGUAAGUUAGUUGCUGUUAAGUGCUGGAAGAAACUACAUAAAAAAAACCCUG